CGCGAGCGGCUCCCUCUCCCUCUCCCUCUCUCCUCACUUCAAACAUGGAGAAAGUCUGUGCGUUGACAGCAGCACCUCCACCGCCGACCCCCGCCUCCCUCCCGGCCCCGCCACCCCCGUCCUCCCCGGUACCGUGAUGCCCCAGGAGGAUGGAGAAGCUGUCGGCCAGCCUGUCGGAGACCACCUGGAGCCCCUCGGCGCUGCCGCUGGACGCGGUGGUCAGCAAGUUCCGCCUGCCCACGCUGGUCCGCCUGGCUCACGGUGAAUGCGUAGAGGGUCUCUCCGAGGAGGAUGUGGUGCUGCUGCACUCCUGCCGUCAGUGGACCACGGUGACGGCCCACAGCUUAGAGGAGGGACACUACGUAAUUGGACCCAAGAUUGACAUUCCGCUGCAGUACCAGGGCAAGUUCAAGUUGCUGGAUGAAGACCGGGACGUCAGUGAUCCGGUCCAGUACUUCUCCAGUGUAGAGGAGGUUGCUGGAGUCUUCCCUGACCGGGUCUUUGUCUUGGAGACAAUCACUUUUAGUGUCAAGGUGGUUUCGGGGGAGUUCAGUGAAGACAGCGAGCCGUAUAGCUUCACUCUGCAGGCUGGAGAUGAGCUGUCCCUCAUGGGGAAGGCAGAGCUUCUCUGUGCCACUUCUCCCAAGGAGAAGACGGGACUGGGUGCUCUCCUGAGGCGCCUGGGAAAGACUCCUAGAAGUAAAACUCCUUGCCUGGUCUGUAUGAACCACCGCACAAAUCAGAGCGUCAGCCUACCCUUUGGCUGCCGUGGACGCUUCUGCACACGCUCCCCCCUGGAGCAAGGCAUGCUGGGAGGGGAGCACACGGUACGCAGCAUCAUCGAGAGAGUCCGCCUCCCCGUCAACGUGUUUGUGCCGUCGCGGCCGCCACGGAACCCCUACGAUCGCCACGUGGUGCGGGAGGGUCACCGCUACAAGCUGCUCAACAUCGUCAGCAAGACGGUGGUGCUCUGCAUGGUGCUGCGGCGGCAGGAGGUCUCCCCGUCACACUUCCUGCUGCUCCGUUGCAUGCCCUCUUUCAACGUGGCCGAGGCUUCAGUUCACACCGCGGCACUGGAGAGCCUGUUUCUGCGACACGCCUUCGACCCGGACGCCUACUCCCGCGCCGUCAGAGAGACCCGGCCGGAGCUGGAGUGUAUGACGGAGGAGUGUGUGAGCCCACGGCGCUCGCGGCUGUGUGUGUCCGGCCAGGACUCGCUGGCACCGGCGCUGCAGCGCCUCUCUAUGUGCGGGUACGUCGGCGGGGUCUCGGAGAGCAUCUCCCAGCGCUGCCAGGACUCUUUUGGAGAGCGGCUGGGGGAGGGACCAGGUGAGGAGAGGGAGUACGUGACUCCCGAGUGGACUGAGAAUGAAAUGAGGAACAGUGAGGAAAUCCCUUACGAGGAACUCUGGACUAAUCAGACUGCUGAGGGCUUGGGAAAGGAGCCCAACCUCAUAUCCUUCCAUUCGUCUUCCUCAUUGGAUGGUACUCUUGGCACCAUGGUAACAAAAGUGUCUACCCCACCGCCCGUACCUCCGAAAUCUGAUGCUGUGAGGGAGGAGUGUCGCUACUUGAUUGCCCCUCCGGUGCCCCCUCGCUGCUCCAAAGGAGGCUCCAUCUCCAGUCCAGCUCCCAGCCCUCCUGUCCCACCUCGCUUCCCCAAGACAUCUGUCUCGCCAAGACCAAACCUCUCCUUCUACUCCUCCGGACUACAUGACAGCUGCUCGCCCUCUCCAGAUGCCACCCUCUACUGUUACCCGUGUUCCUGGGGCGACUGCCCCGCUCCCAACCCAACCAGUCCUGAGCCCGUCUCUGCCUUCCCUGCAGAAAACACGCCCAACCCUCAGCCCGCGCAGGCCACCUGGGCUGAACCGUGGGUCGAUUCCUUCACUUCCUCUGGACCCAAACUCAGGCCGCCACCCCCACAGAGUAGGUUUGCUCCCUUCGGUGCAUUGAACCCUUUCAACCGCCAGUCCCCGUGCCCCUCGCCUGAGCCCACAGCCACUCCCACAACAGAUUCUUCCAGAGGCGCAGAAGGUGGCGGGACGUCGGCGGGGGUCACCGAAGCUUCCCCUCAGCCCCCUGACCCCACCUGGCGGCCCCCCGCGGACCUGUCGGCGCUGUCGCUGGAGGAGGUGUCUGCGAGCCUGCGGUUCAUCGGCCUGCCCGAGGCAGCGGUGGCCGUGUUCCAGAGGGAGAGAAUAGACGGCAGCCUCCUGGUGCAGCUGACCGAGGACAUCCUGUCACAUGAUUUCCACCUGAGCCGACUUCAUGUGACCAAAAUCACACAAUUCAUACAGGGCUGGAGGCCUAAAAUCUAAUAGAUCCCACUGUCCCGGUGGUGUGUACCUGUUGGCGCCUGAGCCUCCAUCUGAAUGUGCCUUUCACUGUGACCUACUGGCUGCUGAGCCCCACUCACUGAAGCAGAAGGAAACCACUCCACACUGUGGUCAAACUGUAGAACUGACGCCUGACAUGCUGACUGCAUAUUUCCGGUCUGAAUCGCAGACUGGAACUAGUUUACUAACAGUGACUCCAACAGACAAAAGUGCCCCCUUUCAGUUUGUUUGGGGAGCCAACCACAGUGUUUCCAUGCAGACCUGCAGCACAGAGGUUUUAGAAGCCUAUGUAGACCUUUGUGUUCUUCCUGUUGUUAUUCCACAUACAAUCUUUUAUCAGGUGAAAACCUUCCUUCAUUUUAAAUAAAUAAUGUCUUUUUUUUUAAAGAAACAGAAUUUUUAGAAGUGUUUAGGUGUUUUAUUAUUUGCACCACAGAAGGUGCUCAGUGGUUUUUAACAUAAGGUACAAUGAGAGCUCUGUUGUUGGCCAGAUGGCCUGAGAGAGCACCGUUGUAACACCCCGAUCCCGUCCCCUCCGCCGGGUUCUUGCACAAUCUUCUUCAACUGUUUGACAGGUUAUUCCAGCUAAGAAAUAGCUAUGUAUUUAAAGAUAAAUAAAAAUGAAAGAUGAAGCAUGUAUGUCAGUGAAAUAAAAGAUUGAGCCUAAACUUUACAUGAUACAGACUUGUGUAGUCAGGCCACUUUGUGCUUUGUUGUUUUCUUUAAUGUUAUUCCCUUUUUUAGGUGAAAGGUAUGAAUAAUGUGUUGACAUGAAGUAAUAGGAUUUUGAACUACUUCACAAAGAGAUUUCCUUUAAUGUAGCUCAGAUUGUUUGCUCAGAAUCAGACAUGCUUGAUUUAGAAAUACAUAAAAUUGAAUGUUAUCAUAAACUCAGUUUUCUUUUUAUUUAAUUCAUACCAAAAUAUGAGAGGUAUAAAAAAAAGAUAUAAAGCCCAAGGGAACAAAGCAGUUGGGAACACUUAAAGGAAAGUUUGUAAAAUGAGAGAAAUUAGUUUUUCCUUGAAUAUAUUUUCACAGAAGUUGUGACUAAAAGAUGAACUGACUGAAGGAAAAAUUAUCUUUUGCAAAACAUCACAAUUGUUACAAAAAAUCAAAUCUACCCAGAACUAAUUCUCUACUAUUAGAGCAACAAAAUGACCUGACGUUUCCAGGAUCAGGUCAUUCAGAUAUUUUUCAAAAUGCAGUUUAUGUUGUUGUAAACGUAUUAUUACUUGUGAUUUUCCUGUUGCCAUGCAAACUGCUUUUGCGUUUGUGGAUGAUGACAUGAACCUCUUUAUCUCUUAAUAUUCUUUCUGGGCUGCAGAAAAGUUAGUAAGCGAAUUAUUGAUGUAAAGUUUGUGAAACUGUUUCUCCUGACAUCUCAAAGAAGACCCCCCCCCCCCCCGUUCCUCCCCCUCCCACCCCGUGGUCUGGCAUACCCAGGAAAUGUUGAUGUGCUUUCUCUGACCAUGUAACAGAAAGGCCAUUGUCGUCGGGGAAAUGCGGAAAUGA